UUUCAUUUUGAGAUGUUAUAAAGGUAGCUUUUUGUUAAGGUUUUGCUUUUCAAAACAAGACGGAGGAUUAAAACGUUUGAGUUUGUCCCUGCUCUUCAAACGAAGAACAUCUGCAGUUCCGUAUUUUGUUUCAAUCCAGGAACGUCUUACAAUGCACCUGUUGCCCAAGCUGAUCAUUAUUUCUGCCUUCAUUUCGCUUGGUUAUUGUCAAUUCUAUGAUCCAGAUAAAAGAGAAAUACGAACUAUAUCAGAAAGACCACAAAGAAUCAACAGUGAAUCAAGCGAAACACAAGAUGUUCAACAACAGCGCCCGAGAAUAAGGAAAUACAGAAGAAUCCUUAGAGAGGGUGAAUACAUACAACCACCUCAACCACCAACGGUAUAUAGACCUUCCGUGUUCGAAAACAUUGGACUAGGAGAAGCACCAAAUGGAGUUUACAUACCUCAGGAUUCUCUACUCAAUGCUCUCAAGAAUCCACGUUACAACAGAGAAAUACCUACUAGUCAAUACCAUGCCCCUCAAACUGUUCCACCACACAAUAACUAUCAGGGGCCAAGUUUACGGAAUAACGAACCUGAAUACAAAUUCUUUGUAGAACCACCAGCAAGUUUGCAACCAAGGCCACAGCAGAAUGCGAUAUCAAAUGUGGUACAGCCAAAUAUACAAUAUGCUUCUGAUUCCCCAGUAAACACAUCUCCGCAAGUAAGAAAUGAUGAACCUACCGAAGAGGUUCCACGUCGGCGAGUAGCACAAACAAAUAGAAAAACCCAAAAAAGGCGACCUACUCCAGAGGUUGACAUUGAUGCCUUAAGAACAUAUCCUGAUACCAUGCCAUACGAUGUGGAAUAUCCUGCUCCGGAGGUACAGCCAGUAUCUCAACCAAGAAGCGUGUCUAGAAGCUCCCGAAGGCGAACAAGAGUACAAAUUUACGAUGAACCAACCCAACCACCUCGAGUCUAUGGACCAUCAGUGUUUCAAAACAUAGGCCUAGGUGAAGCUCCAGAGGGAGUGCAUAUCCCUGAAGAUUCUUUGCUGAAUAUCCUGAGAGAUCCAGCAAGAACACAAUCACAGCCUAGAUAUACAGCACCAGAUUUACAACCUUCUUCCCAAACGCAAAGUGGGGCAGAUAUGUCACAACAAAAUUAUUUACAACCAACGAUUGUAGAUGCACCAGAACCACAGAGAACACCCAAACGUCAGUCGCGACAAAGAGUUCGUGCUUCCAGAACUUCAGUAAGCAGCACUGAACGUCAAGUUGAAUAUCCAAUCAAUUAUGAAGAGCAAGAUUUUGCACGUAUAUCUCCAGCAUCUAGUCAAAAUCAGCGCAGGAGACAAACCAACACUGAGGAUUCCGCGGUAAAUCGUAGACAAAAUGUAAAUCAAGCCCAACCCCGACAAUCUCCUCGUCGCCAACAACGCGUACAGCCCAAACAGUCAGAGGCCCAGCCUUCUAGACAGCAGCAGAAUAAUCAUAAUUACAAACCGGCCAAAUUAGCGCUUGCUGCUCUUCCUGAAGAUACGGAUGGUGAUGAAAUUCCAGGGGAGGCAUUAGUUGACUACCCAACUUUUCAUACCAUACCUAGAACUGCAUUUUCAUGCAUUGAACAAGAGUACAAUGGGUACUAUGCUGAUAUGGAAACAUCUUGUCAAGUGGUUCAUCUGUGUCAAGAUGGCGGAGUGCAAAGCAGUUUUCUUUGCCCUAAUGGGACAAUUUUCAAUCAAGAAAAGCUUUCGUGUCAGUGGUGGUACAAAGUAAACUGCGCAAAUUCACCAAAAUUUUAUGCAAUUAAUAGCAAUCUAUAUAAAACGUUAGAAGAAGGAGAAUCAAAAAAAUGGAGUUAAAUAAUCAUGA